AGACCGACGUGCACCCACAUCGGAUGUGAGGCUCAUGAUUUCCUGAGUCAUCCUCCAGCUUUCAAACGCAACAACUUCGGUCACCUGCACGGCGUUCAACAACUUUCCCGUCGCAUUCAAACACACUGAGUGAUGGAGAGCUCCGUGUCUAACGUGGAGGUCUGCAAUUUAGCCUUCAGCGGGCAGUUCGACAAAUUAAAACAGUCCAUGCUGUCCGACAAAACACUUGUCAGAAAAACGGACCAGGACGGCAGGACCGCUCUCCACUGGGCUUGUUCUGCUGGACACACCAACAUCGUGGAGUUCCUACUCAGCCUGGGAGUUGAGGUCAACCUGCAGGAUGAUGCCCUGUGGAGUCCUCUGCACAUUGCUGCAUCUGCAGGAAGAGAGGACAUAGUGAGAUCUCUGAUAGGCAGUGGAGCCCAGCUGAAUUCAGUUAAUCAAAAUGGAUGCACCCCUCUGCACUAUGCCGCCUCCAAAGGCAGAUACGAGAUCGCCUUAAUGCUGCUGGAAAAUGGAGCGGACCCCAAUGCCACGGACAAGUUGGCCUCCACUCCCCUGCACAGAGCAUCGGCCAAGGGCAACUACCGUCUCAUCCAGCUGCUUCUCAAGCAGAGUGCCUCAACGAACAUCCAGGACUCGCAGGGCAACACGGCGCUCCAUCUUGCGUGUGAUGAAGAGCGUUUGGAAGCAGCCAAGUUGCUGGUAGAACACGGUGCCAGCAUUUAUAUCGAGAACAAGGAGGAGAAGACCCCCCUCCAGAUAGCCAAGGGUGGCUUGGGGAACAUACUCCGCCGGAUCGUGGAGGGGUGAUGCUUUCUCUGACUCGCUGGUCGUGGUUUGGUUCAAACCGCUACCGUCGCAUUCCGAUGAAAACCAUCAUCUCACUCAGUCCUACUUGAGCAGGCCCAUUGUUAUUUGGUGUGGUCGGUGACAUGUGAAAGAGGCAUUGGUGUUGAAAAGGGAUUGGACUGUUUUUGAGGCUGAUCAGUACCUCCUGUUGGGGCUUUGAGACUGACGUGUCUAAGCACAGUUUUUGCAGCAGCACAGUGCGUUUUCUGUGAAAGUUAAAGUGUAGAAAUGGCAAAAACGAAACAUCAAGUGGCGAUGAAAUCUGGUUGGAAUAAAUUUGUUGUACCUAAAUAAAAAAAAAUGUGACUUUGUGA